AACUCCAUGGAGGCUUCACGCAAGCUCUUGGCGGCCGCCCUCCUCGUCGUGCUGCUGCUGGCGGCCACCGAGGAGUUGGGAGGUCCGGUGAUGGUGGCGGAGGCGAGGACGUGCCAGUCGCAGAGCCACCGGUUCAGGGGCCCCUGCGUGCGCCGCUCCAACUGCGCCAACGUCUGCAGGACGGAGGGCUUCCCCGACGGCAAGUGCCGCGGCUUCAGGCGCCGCUGCUUCUGCACCACCCACUGCCACCACCACUGAUAUCACGAUUAACCUCUACGUACCUCCGCCGCCGCCGGGCGGCCGGCCGGCCCUUCCAUGCCUGCGCGCGUCGUCCCUCCACUUUUGUGUGUUGUCCGUCAGUCUGUGUGUCCACGAAUAAAUCUCAGCUUGUCGUCGCUCGAUCGGCAAGGUGGGUUUAACAAGUUUUUUCUUCCUUUUUAUCUACUUUGUGGCCUUCAGCCGGCCGUGGCUUUCCCAUCGUGGUUCCAUAUUCGUGUUCGUCCUCAAAAGUUGAUGUAAGAUCUGGAACUGAAUACUAUUGGAAUUU